AUGUGUUCAUGGACUGGAAACCCUGAGUCUAUCACUGACUGGGCAUGGCGGGCAAACCAUGAAAUGACUGUGAUUGGUAAGAUGCUCACAGAAAAGUGGUAUGGAAGUGCUCCAUUGUAUAGCUACUACACCGGAUGCUCAACAGGAGGUCGCCAAUCUUUAAAGGAAUUAGAAAUGUUCCCAGAAGAUUAUGACGGAGUUGCUGCUGGUUGCCCAGCUUGGUGGACUACUCAUAACCAGCUUUGGAAUUUGAAGCAAACUCUCUAUCAAUCACCAGCUAAAUCCUCGCAUACUAUUCCAACAUCAAUGUUCAGUGUUAUAGGUGAGGAGGUACUUCGUCAAUGCGAUCCUCAGGACGGCUUGACUGAUUCGAUCAUAUCUGAUCCUCUUGGCUACAAUUUCAAUCCUUUGACCCUGGUUUGCACGGCAAAGAAGACUACUUUCUGCCUUACUAGUCCACAACUUGACACCCUUCUGUCUAUUUACAAUGACUGGGUCGACGUCAAUCAAACAUACGUUUUCAGUCAUGUCCUCUACGGGAGUGAGGAGACCUGGGCCAGUGGUAACAUUGGAGAUGGUAGUGCAUCAAAUUCCGCGAAUCAAUUAUGUUACAUGCAAAACAUUUGGGACUUACCAACUUUACCGCCGCCGAUCUUUCUUACGAGACCGUCGAAAGUUGAUAAUUUCUACCGAUUCUUCUUAGUGCCUGGUCUGGAACAUUGCACUGAAACUUCUUCUACAAUGAAUGCUCCCUGGUACUUUGCAGGCCCCAAUCAGGCCGCUACUCUUAGUACUUCAGCUCACAGUACACCCGGUUAUUCUGAUCCCCGCCAUGAUGUUCUUCUUGCUCUUAUGACAUGGGUUGAGAAUGGUACUGCGCCUGACAGCAUCAUCGCAACUAAGUUCAAUGACGAUUUGACGGUUGCAAAACAGCGUCCCAUUUGUGCAUUUCCAACUAGGCAAAGUACGAUGGAACGGCAAUGUAGAUGCCCCAGAGAGUUGGUCUUGUGA